UUAUUCAAAAAAUAAAAAUUCUCCAAAGCUCUCUUCAAAAGUUCUUUCGACGGUUUCAUUUCUCAAAACGCUCUUUCUCUUCCGUCCAGAAAAAUUCUCUCUCUCUCUCUCUCUCUCUCUCUCUCUCUCUCUACCAAUUUCCAUUUCAAAAUCUUCCAAAUUCACAAAACUACAUUUUCCUGGAAAACCCGUUCUCAUUUUCUAGGAAAAAAUUGUUGAUAAAGGUGCUCCAAAAUGUCUAAACCUCUGAGUGAUCAUCCUCUUCCGCAAGCGGAAACAACAUGUGGAUCACUUCUUCAAGAACUUCAGAUAAUAUGGCAUGAAGUUGGGGAGUCUGAGUCUGAUAAAGAUAGGAUGUUGUUUGAGAUCGAACAAGAGUUUCUAGAAGUAUACAGAAGAAAGAUAGAUAAAGCUAAUUGCUCUAGAGCUCAAAUAAGGCAGGAAAUUGCUGAUUCCGAGGCAGAACUUACAGCUAUCUGUUCAGCAAUGGGAGAGCGACCAGUACAUAGUAGACAGUCUGGUCAAAAAGCUAGAAGCUUGAAGGAAGAGCUAGAAAUGAUUGUCCCGGAGCUGGAGGAAAUGCAAAAACGAAAGCAUGAUCGUAGAAAUCAAUUCAUAGAAGUUCAAGAGCAGAUUCAAAGUAUCUCAAAUGAGAUCCAUUGUCCAAGAGAAAUUAUCCCGUUCAUUGUAGAUGAUACUGAUUUAUCAUUGAGGAAACUUGAAGAAUUGCACAGGCAACUUCACACACUUCAAAAGGAGAAGAGUGAUCGUCUCAAGAAGGUCCAAGAUAACCUGCACAGUUUAAGUUCUCUCUGUUCAGUACUUGGAUUGGACUUUAAGCAGACAGUCAGUGAAGUCCAUCCUAGUUUAGGAAACUCAGAAGGAUCUAGGAGUGUAAAUAAUGAUACCAUCAGCCAAUUGGCUUUAGCUAUACAAGAAUUACGAGGAGUGAAAUUGCAGAGAAUGCAAAAGCUUCAAGAUCUAGCAACGUCAAUGUUGGAGCUCUGGAAUUUGAUGGAUACACCUAUUGAAGAGCAACAGGUAUUUCAGAAUGUUACUUGUAACAUUGCAGCUUCAGAAGAUGAAGUAACUGAACCAAACGCCUUGUCUGAGGACUUCAUUAAUAAUGUGGAGGAAGAAGUAUCAAGAUUAGAGGACUUAAAAUCAAGCAAAAUGAAAGAACUUGUUUUCAAGAAAAGAUCAGAGCUAGAGGAGAUUUGUAGAAAGACUCAUUUGAUUCCAGAAUUUGAUGGUGCGGUCGAAUAUACUAUUGAAGCUAUAGAGGCUGGAUCUGUAGAUCCUGCUUCUGUACUUGAACAAAUUGAACUUCAGGUUGCCCAAGUCAAAGAGCAAGCUUUUAGUAGAAUAGAAAUACUUGAAAAGGUUGAUAAAUGGUUGUCGGCGUGUGAUGAAGAAUCUUGGCUUGAGGAGUACAGCAGGGAUGAAAAUCGAUACAAUGCUGGUAGAGGUACUCAUCUUAAUCUCAAACGAGCUGAGAAAGCCCGUGUCUUGGUGAAUAAAAUUCCAGCAAUGACAGAAAACUUGAUUUCAAAAACAGUAGCAUGGGAAAAGGAUAAUGGCACUGAGUUCAUAUAUGAUAGUGUCCGCCUGCUUUCUAUGCUUGAAGACUACAACUUAUUACGGCAAGAGAAGGAGCAAGAACGCCGUAGACAGCGGGACAUGAAGAAACUUCAGGGACAACUGGUAGCAGAGCAGGAAGUAUUGUAUGGGUCAAAAAGCCCUUCAAAGCCCCAGAGUGCAAGAAAGGCACCUAGGACGCCAAGUGGAAGCGCAGGUAGUAGAAGAGGUGCCUUUGGAGGAUCAAUGCUAAAACCUGAUUCAAAGCUUACUCGCUCAAGCUCCACAAGGAAGACUGACAGAGUGCACCAAAUUGAGGACGAUGGCAUUUCAUGUUUAUCAUCAGCUGGAAGAGGACUUGAUAAUAUUGCUGAUAUUCCUAUGAGGAAAUACUCAUUGGGUGCUGGAGUUGUUCGGGAUAUCAAAUCUCCUUUGACACGACAACCUUUUACGAUCAUCUCUUCGACAAUAUCAUCACAAGAGAAUGUGAAAAAUGUGACAGCUGAAUCGAAUUUGCAGAAGCAAAAGUUGCAGAAAACAUUAGCAAUUAACAAUUUUCCAUUCACCACCACCACUACUACUAAUACUACUACUACUACUACUACUACCUCAAAAGCAGAGAAAGUUGUAGAUGAAGAGAAUAGAACUCCAAAGGCAAUGCCUAUUCCUGCCUCCACUACUACACCAAGGACAGUGUCAAUACCUAUGAAUAUGGCCAUUACUCCAGCUCCUUUUGGAAGUAAUUUUGUUCAAGAAAUUGAAUAUUCCUUUGAGGAAAGAAGGCUUGGUUUUGUAUUAGUAUGACAUUUUGAUUUGGUUUUCAGUUUGUUAUAGUGAUGGUAAUCACAAGUUAAUUGUAAUUAGCUUCCAGAUUGUGUAUAUACAUAGUUUACCAGAAGUAGACUUGGACUAGGGUGUUUGAAGAGCCUUUAAAUUUUGCAAACUAAAUAGAAAUUUCAUCUGAAAAAAGAUUUUUUUGUCAUGA